AUGGCCAAGACUUUCCUCAUCACUGGAGCGACUGGCAAGCAAGGAGGUGCUGUCAUCGAUGCUCUCCUGGCAGCUUCUCAGAAUGCUACCAUCCUCGCCUUAACCCGUAAUGUCCAAUCUAAAUCCAGCAAGGCCCUCUUCCUCAAAGCACCUGAUCGAAUCAAGCUACUAGAAGGUGAUCUCCAAGAUUGCACAGCGAUAUUUGCCAAUGCGGCUUGCAUCAUCCAUGGGGUCUUCUGCGUGUCCAUUCCUGAUAUGGGCUUUCGGGCAGAUAGCCAAGGUGAGGAACUCAGAGGGAAGGCUUUGGUGGAUGCAGCCCUCACGAACGGCGUGCAGCACUUUGUCUUUACAUCUGUCGACCGACAUGGUUCGGAUUCUGAUCUAAACGUCACGGAUAUCCCGCAUUUUAUCAGCAAGGCGAACAUUGAGAAGUACUUGAUCGGAAAGUCCAAAGGGUCGCAGAUGUCUUGGACAAUCCUGCGUCCAACAGCCUUCAUGGACAACAUAAUUCCAGGCUUUGCGGGGAAGAUCUUCCCGACAGCCUGGAGAAUCAGUCUUUCUCCAAAAAAAAAAAAAAAACUUCAGCUUGUGUCAACGAAGGACAUUGGCCACUUUGGUGCCCAAACAUUGCUCAACCCAGAGAAAUAUUCCGAACGCGCCAUCAGCUUGGCCGGUGACAAUCUGACAUUUGAAGAAGCGAAUGCUGUAUUCUUGAAGAAUAUUGGCCAUGAGAUCCCUCAAACAUAUAGCUUCAUUGGUUGGUUCCUACUAUGGGCGAUCAAGGACGUCAACUUGAUGUUUAAAUUUUUCGAGGACGUUGGAUACAAUGCAGACAUUUCUGCGUUGAGACAAGAGCAUCAAAGCCUCAUGAGCUUCGAAGACUGGCUGAAGACGAGCGCUUUCGCCUCCAAAGACUCUUAG